AUGAAGCUCCUCACCUACGGAGCCAUCUUCGGUCUCCUCACUGCUCUCUACUACUAUUUAGAUGCACGUCUUGAAUCCUUCUACAUCUUUACACCGACUCAACUUCAUGAUCUCUCCCAGCGCGCCAUUGGCGCUCAUGGUAAUGAUACCGCUCAGGUGGUGAAGUUCAUUGUGGAUGAAUUGAGUGAGAAACAUCCCGGUGGCUAUAUCAAUUUGGAUCAGGAAUGGAUUUUUAAUAAUGCUGGCGGGGCUAUGGGUGCUAUGUAUAUUAUUCAUGCUAGUAUUACGGAAUAUUUGAUUAUUUUUGGAACUACAAUCGGCACUGAAGGACAUACCGGUCGUCACACAGCUGAUGAUUAUUUCCAUAUCAUUCACGGUACUCAACUCGCCUAUACACCUGGAGACUUUGAACCUGAAGUCUAUCCUCAAGGAAGUGUUCACCAUCUUCGUCGUGGUACUGUUAAGCAGUAUAAGAUGGAUGCCGCUUGUUUCGCUCUUGAGUAUGCUAGAGGUUGGAUCCCACCUAUGCUGGGUUUUGGAUUUGCCGAUGGUCUUACCAGUACUUUGGACUUCCCAACCCUGUGGAGAACAACUUGGGUCACUGGUAGAGAAAUGGUUUUGAACCUCGCCAGGUUCAAGCUGUGAAAAGUUUCGUUUCCAUUUGGAAUACUGUUUGAAGAUUAUUGACGAGAGAAGGUGAUUUAUAGAGCUCUUGUGAGAAAGUACAUAGCACUUCUUUGUCUGUAGAUACCUAUAUCUUGUAAUAUUUGACAUGCGCAUCAUGAAUUAACAUGAUCAAGCAUAGCGUCCUUGGAAAUAGUUUCACCUACUACAUUUAUCCUGCACUUUUCGUGAUAAUUUCCGGCUUCUUAAAGACUUCUCUCCCUUCGAUUAUACUUGAAUUUGUCCACUCCAAACUCCCCAUAGAGACUCCUCACAACAAUCAGUCAGAAUCCUCGUCAGAUCCAUAAUCUACCAGUCCCAGUCCUUUUUUGGAUGGAGGAGGUGAUGGCUUUUUGACUGCCACCGGCUUGGGUGCUACCUUUGCAGGCUUUGGGUCCGAGAUUUUGGCUGAAUCUUUAGAAGCUGGUGGCUUAGUACUCGGUGCAGUUGAGUCAGAAUUAUCUUUCGCAGGUUUCGUCGACAGGUCUUUGGUAGACGUGGAAGAUGGAGCUUGUUCUGCGGAAGAUGAAGCUCUCCUAACUUUGACUCCCUUCAAUACCUCCUUAUCCUUCGUACGCUUGCGCUUUCGACCCGUAGUGCCCCAUUCAUCCUCCCGCACCGGCGAACCAUCUGGUAUUUGUGUUCCAUCAUCAUCUGCUCCUCUCGCCUUCUUAUCUGCGUCUUCUUGUUGUUUUCUAAAUAACUCUAGUCCCUCCGCAGUUUCUUUUCUCACUCUGUCUUCUUCAGCCCUCGUACUUUCUAGAACAGAAUCCAAGAAUUCGAUUUCAUCCUCAUCUAAUGAUCGGAAUUGAUUCUUGAGUUUAUUGGCUUCUUCGAAUGCAUCUUGUUUGGCGGCUGGUUUAUUCAACGCACCCCUAAGUGAUCAGCCUAAGAAAUCAACGCGUGGGCGAGUGCAAGGACCCUAGAUGUGUACCUUUAUUUGCUUCUAGGAUCUCGAACAAGCUCUUUCCAUCUUGUUGUCUAGCUUCGAUAGCUUUUCGUUGUCUGUUAGCCUCUAUUUCUUGUUGAGCGGCUAGCCAUUCAUCACUGCGCUCAGUUGGAGCAUCUGCGGUACCACCUGAUACAAAUCCGGAGGACAUUGUGGUUUUGGUUGUAUGCGCACGAAUGGUACA